AUGUUCUCCAUCGAACCCGAAUCCGACCGUGCAUCUCUUACCAGGGAAACACUUGAGGAUUGUGAGGCGGCUGCAAUUAAAGAAGAAGUAAAGCAUUGUGCAACAUCACUAGAGUCGAUGAUCGAUUUCGUUGUUGCGGAGUUGGGAACAAGACAGAUUCAUGCGGUGGCCACUUCUGCUGUUAACAGAGAGGAGGCUGCGAAGGUCAGGAGUUACAGAGUAGGUGCUGGUGGUGGAAGGAUGCUGUCCAAUAAAGUCAUGGCAUGCCACAACACUGUGUUUCCUUUUGCUGUGUUCUACUGUCACAAUUUCGCUGGCACAAGGGUGUACAUGGUUCCGUUGGUUGCUGAAGAUGGUAGCCGAGUGAACGCCAUUGCUUUGUGUCAUUUCGAUACAUCAAACUGGAAUCCCCAGCAUGAGAGCUUCAGGGUGCUGGGUGUGAAGCCAGGAACUGUGCCCAUUUGCCACUUUAUUGUAGAGGGCCUUGCUUGGGUUCCCAACUGA